GGCGGGGCUUACUAAGGAAGACGUUGCCGCGUGAAGUAGAGCAAAUGGCAGGCAUUGGCAGGCUGUCCACCAAAGGCUCUGUCCUCUUGCUUUGUGACAUGCAAGAGAAGUUCAGGCCCAACAUUUUCCAGUUCACCAACAUCGUCAGCAACGCGGCCAGAUUACUUGAGGCGAGUCGUGUCCUGGGCAUCCCACCCAUUGUGACGGAGCAGUACCCAAAAGGCUUGGGCCCCACGGUUCCAGAGCUUGGUGCCGGGGACCUGAAGGCUUACGCUAAGACCAGUUUUACCAUGCUGACAGAGGACGUGGAGAAGGAGCUCGAUGCCCUGGGAAACCCCAAGCGAGCGAUCCUGUGUGGAAUAGAGGCACACGCCUGCAUCGCUUGCACAACCUUUGACCUGCUUGAGAAGGGAAUUGAGGUCCACAUUGUGGCUGAUGCAGUCUCAUCCAGAAGCCAGACAGACCGGUUGUUUGCCCUGUCGCGGCUAAAGCAGAGUGGAGCUUUCCUCACCACCACAGAGGGUGUUCUGCUGCAGCUGGUCCAAGAUGCUAAACACCCCAACUUCAAGGAGAUCCAGCGGCUGCUGGCCCAUCCUUCCCCCGACACUGGGUUGCUUGCCUACUUCAGCUCUCUAUAGGGAUACCCAUCACCUCUCUUCUGUUUCAUGAAUACGGCACAGGAUUUGAAUGCACUGAACACAGUGUUUAUCUCCAUCCAUCCAUCCAUCCAUUACCCAAACCACUUAUCCUGCUCUCAGGCUCGCGGGGAUGCUGGAGCCUAUCCCAGCAGUCACUGGGCGGCAGGCGGGGAGACACCCUGGACAGGCUGCCAGGCCAUCACAGGACACACACACACACACACACACACACACACACACACACACACACACACCUAGGGGCAAUUUAGUACGGCCGAUUCACCUGACCUACAUGUCUUUGGACUGUGGGAGGAAACCGGACCCCCGGAGGAAACCCACGCAGACACGGGGAGAACAUGCAAACUCCACACAGGGGACGACCCGGGACGACCCCCAAGGUCUGACUACCCCGGGGCUUGAACCCAGGACCUUCUUGCUGUGAGGCAACUGUGCUAACCACUGCACCACUGUCCCGCCCAACAUAAAUAAACCAAAUGUAAACACAUGUUCAUGUAAAGCAAUAAAAUAACGUU